AUGUCCUCCCUGGAUGAUGUUGAGCAGGCCCUCCCUGGGCAGGAGUCAAUCAUCAGUGUUACCAUUGGGGCGACGGUGCCCACAGGGUUUGAACACACUGCCGCUGAGGAGGUCCACGAGAAGAUUGGCAUAGAUGCACGCAUUAGCAAAGACCGUGGUCGUAUUUACUUCACUACUACAACUGACAAGCUCUUCCAGGUUCACCAGCUGAGGUCUGUAGACAACCUGUUUGUGGUUGUAGAUGAAUAUGAUCAGUACCAAUUUAAAGAAUCAAAGGAGGAGACACUGGCAGAGCUGCAGCAGCUCGCUUCCAAGCUCCCGUGGACUAACGCGUUGGAGGUUUGGAAAUUAAACCGCACUUUGAAAAAGAGAAAAGGUCACCGUAAAGGCACCAAUGACACCAGGGUUAAACCCAGCAAUGAGGUUGGGGACACAAUCUGGGUUGACGGCAACUCGCAAAAGCAAGCUGAGGAACCGCCUGCAACUGGCGACCCAAACAAGACUGAGGAGGCACCCGAGACCAGCAUCCAAGACUCUGAGGAAGCAGCACCCAAUGAAAAAAUAAUUAAGUUCCGUGUAACGUGCAACCGGGCUGGGGACAAGCACAGCUUUUCCUCGAACGAAGCAGCCAGAGAUUUUGGCGGGGCUGUCCAGGAGUUCUUCCAGUGGAAAGCUGACAUGACCAAGUUUGACAUUGAGGUACUAUUAAAUAUACACAACACUGAGAUGGUGAUCGGCAUUGCACUCACUGAAGAGAGUCUUCACAGAAGAAACAUCAGCCACUUUGGACCAACGACACUGCGGUCCACCUUGUGCUAUGGCAUGCUCAGAUUGUGUAAACCUCAGCCAUCCGACAUCAUACUUGAUCCAAUGUGUGGAACAGGAGCAAUACCUUUGGAGGGGGCUUUAGAGUUUCCAGCGUCUUUUUACAUUGCUGGGGACAACAAUGACAUAGCUGUAAACCGCACGGUCAACAAUGUGUGUCACAUUCAGAAAAGAAAGGCAGACAAGGGCAGUGCUCCUGGACUUCCCAUUGACACAGUACGCUGGGAUUUGUGCAGUUUACCCAUGAGGCCCAGUUCAGUUGAUAUUGUCAUCACUGACAUGCCUUUUGGGAAAAGGAUGGGCUCUCGAAAGAAGAACUGGGACCUUUACCCUUCCUGCCUGAGAGAAAUGGCACGUGUGUGCAGGCCGGCAUCUGGCAAGGCUGUGCUGUUGACACAGGACAAGAAAUGCUUUUCCAAGGCGCUGUCCAGAAUGGGGGGGUUGUGGAGGAAGCAGCACACUGUUUGGGUAAAUGUUGGUGGUUUACACGCUGGUGUGUUCCUGCUGAGGCGGACCGCAGCCGUGUUUGGCAAAACUCCCGAAGAUGUCUAUGAAUCGCAAGGGACCUCAAAUACACAAGGCGAUCAGGAUGACAAGCAGCCUUAG